GUGAGGGACAUAUCAUUAUUAAACUUUACCCUCAUCUUUCUAAACCAUCUUUUUUGCUCUUUCACUCAGCUUUUUUCUUCCUGUCCUUUUAUUUUUAUUCCAUUUUCUCUACACUUGAAAACCCUUUUCCCACUACCAAAAACCUUCUCAAAAUCCUCCAAAUCUACCCAAAAUCAUCUCAGGUAACCCUAAAUUCAUCAUCUUUGGUAUUCAAACUGACCAAUUUUAGUAAUGCAUUACUUCAUUUUAUGUGCAAUUCUUCUUCUCUUGAGCUCAAAAUCUUCAGUAAUAAACUGUUUGAAUGAUGAAGGUGUUGCACUUUUAUCAUUCAAACAAUCCAUAACUCAAGACCCAGAUGGGUCUAUGAGUAAUUGGAAUCAAUCUGAUGAAAACCCAUGUUCUUGGAAUGGUAUAACUUGUAAAUAUCUCAAAGUUGUUUCUGUUAGUAUACCCAAGAAAAAAUUACUAGGGUAUCUUCCUAGUUCAAUUGGGUCUCUUUCAGAAUUAAGGCAUGUUAAUUUAAGGAGUAAUAGGUUUUAUGGACCAUUACCCCUUAAUCUUUUUCAAGUAAAAGGGCUUCAAAGUUUGGUACUUUUUGGUAAUUUCUUUUAUGGAUCAUUACCAAGUGAGAUUGGGAAGCUUAUUUACCUUCAAAAUUUGGAUUUGUCUCAAAAUUUCUUAAAUGGGUCUUUACCCUCUUCAAUUCUUCAAUGUAAGAGGCUAAAAAAUCUUGUUUUGAGUCAUAAUAAUUUUAGUGGGAGUCUCCCAAAUGGGUUUGGGAGGGUUUUGGUUGGUCUUGAGAAACUUGAUUUGUCUUAUAAUAAGUUUAAUGGGUCUAUCCCAAAUGAUUUGGGAAACUUGUCUAGUUUGCAAGGUACUGCUGAUUUUUCUCAUAAUUUGUUUAGUGGGUUGAUUCCUGCUAGUCUAGGUGAGUUGCCUGAGAAGGUUUAUAUUGAUCUUACUUAUAACAAUUUGAGUGGACCAAUUCCUCAAACUGGUGCUCUUAUGAAUAGAGGACCUACUGCUUUUAUAGGAAAUCCUGGCCUUUGUGGACCUCCGUUGAAGAACCCUUGUUCUUCGGAUUCUUCGGCCGCCUCGCCGGCUUCAUACCCUUACUUGCCUAGUGAUUAUUCACCCCAAGGGAGUAGGGAUAGUGGUGGGAAGAGUAAGGGAAAAGGGCUUAGCAAAAGUGCUAUUGUAGCCAUUGUAGUGAGUGAUGUUGUUGGGAUUUGUCUAAUUGGGUGGUUGUUGUCCUAUUGUUAUACAAGGGAUUGUCCUUGUAAGAGUAAGGAUGAGAAAGGAGGGAGAGAAAGUAGGGAGUGUUUUUGCUUCACUAAAGAGGAAUCCGAAACCUUAUCAGAGCACAUUGAGCAGUAUGAUUUGGUGCCCUUGGAUUCUCAAGUGGCAUUUGAUUUAGAUGAGCUUCUUAAGGCGUCCGCUUUCGUGUUAGGAAAGAGUGGGAUCGGUAUUGUGUACAAAGUAGUGCUUGAAGAUGGACUCACAUUGGCUGUGAGAAGACUAGGCGAAGGCGGUUCACAGAGGUUUAAGGAAUUCCAAACCGAAGUUGAAGCAAUUGGGAAGCUUAGGCACCCGAAUGUUGUCACAUUAAGGGCAUAUUAUUGGUCUGUUGAUGAGAAGCUGCUCAUAUAUGACUAUGUUCCCAAUGAAAGCCUAUCCACUGCAAUACAUGGGAAGCCAGGGAUGGAUUCAUUUACACCAUUAUCGUGGUCAAUUCGAUUACAAAUUAUCAAAGGUGUUGCUAGAGGUUUAGUGUACUUGCAUGAAUUCAGCCCCAAAAAAUACGUUCACGGUGAUUUAAACCCGAGCAAUAUACUUCUUGGACACAACAUGGAGCCCAAAAUCGCAGAUUUUGGACUUGGCCGCCUUGCUAAUAUUGCCGGGGGAUCGCCUACCCUUCAAUCUAGUAGGAUGACCUCUGAGAAACCCCAGCAAAAGCAAGCAGGCAGUGCACCAUCAGAAGCUGGAAGUGUCUCAGCUACGAAUGCACUUACUUACUACCAAGCUCCCGAGUCCUUUAAGGCUGUGAAACCGUCACAAAAAUGGGAUGUCUACUCAUAUGGGGUGAUCUUACUAGAAAUGAUCACCGGAAGAUCCGCGGUAGUUGAAGUGGGCACCUCGGAAAUGGACCUUGUUCAAUGGACUCAACAAUGCAUUGACGAGAAGCAACCACUAAUAGACAUUUUAGAUCCGUCUUUGGCUCAAGAAGCAGACAAGGAAGACGAGAUAAUAGCUGUUCUAAAAAUCGCUAUGGCUUGUGUUCAUACCAUCCCCGAGAAGAGGCCAACGAUUAGACAUGUCUACGACGCAUUAGACAGAUUACCCGAGCUAAGCUCAUAAAAACGCUCCACAUAUCAAUAAGAUUGUGGCCUUCCUUGAAGGUAGAUUUUGUGGAUCAAGUUAUGGCUUGGUGGGUGAAUCAUGAAUGCUAUCUUUGCCCGUGAACACAUAGUCACUAAGAGUAGGAUGUUAGGCUAGCAGUGCUGCAAGUAAAUGUUACUCGUUUAAGUAUUUUGAGUGUGUUUUUAUGAUACAUAAUUGUAAGUACAUAAUGCCAAAUUUGUUGUCUCAUUCUAUCUUUUUGUGCUUGUAACCUUUGCAGCAGAAAGCUUUUGUCUUAUUGUUCUUUGUCAAUGAAAUUGGAAAGCAAUGUUUCAUGCUUA